UCAUCUAUACACUUGUGACAAAACUGCUUCGUCGUCGUACUUGAAAUCUAAUACAAUGGAUGAUGCCCUCCAAUUCCUCUGCGACAACCCUUCAGAAAAGCCUAUAACCGCUGCACGAAUAUUCAAUAUAAAUGCGAAGACCCUCAAUACGAACCUCUGACGAGCGAAACUCAAAGCCCAGGCACCAAACCCUAUUUACGGAGGCCAGAAUAAGAUACUUUCAGAGGCACAAAUCAAGGCUGUAUACAAAUAUGUAGAGGAUUCAUAUUUUGCGGGCUAUGGGGCGUCAAAAGCGAUGGUUUUUACAGCAAUUGGCCACUUGCGGGCAGCGGAAAUACUGCCUAAACCAGCACCUUCAUGGCGCUGGUUUCAGAGCUUUAUAAAGAGCUCUUCGAUCCUCUUUCGAGUUGUCAAAACGAAGCCAAUUGCACAAGUCCGAGUUACAACCCAUGAUAUUUCUGCGGUACAAGACUGGUUUGGAGUGUAUUUGGCAUGGUGUACUCAACACAAUAUCCAGCCACAGGAUAUUUAUAACUUUGACGAGACUGGUUUUCGUGUUGGAGUAGCACCAGGGGAGGAUGUAAUAGUUCCUGUAUCUAUUACAGAAAUGUAUGUUCCAAUGGCCGAAAACCGCAAAUCUAUUACCGUGAUUGAGUCAAUCUGUGCUGUUGGACAAGUGCUUCCACCAAUUAUCAUUGUAUAUGGCAUCUUGGUAUAAUGAGAAAUUGACUGGCGAUGAGCUUGUAUUACUUUCAGACUCAGGAUAUACCAAUAGCGAGCUCGCAAUGCUAUAUUUGGAGCAUUUUAUCAUUCAUACAGGAGCUGGGCCUGAUAAACCUCUAAAGGUCCUCCUUAUGGACAGCCAUAUCAGUCA